ACAACCGCCCCUUGCAAUCUGCCGAGUGCACACUGGAGGGAGAGGGUGUGUGUGUUUGUGUGAGCGAGAAAGAGUGGGAGACCAAAUCCAAAAGGCAAAAGGAGGUAGAAACAGCUAGACAAAGAGAGCCAACAGUUUGAGUGAUUCUGACGGGCUGUAAGGGCCUACAGUGGAGAGAUUACAAGGACUGAGUCACUGAGUAAUGGAACUUGACUGACAGGACAACAAACUAGUCCACCUGCUCGGCACUUGGGGCUAUUGUUGGAAGAUUGAUCUCUGGAUACGGCUUAUAGAGGACCUUACUUCACUCUGAACUUUCAAUACACUGGACAACUUGGUGACUGAAGAGAGCACGCGGGCGAAACCUAAGAUUUCCGAGGACAUACACUACAGCUUUGAGUAAGACCGGGAUCAAAUUCCUAAUCUCUAGAUCAUUUUAAAACACUAUGAAAGACUGAAACCAGUGUUUUAUGAUUUACAGAAAUUAUGAUCUGUAUGCUUACUUCAUAGACCUCUGCAGCCAAGUAGAGACAUUACUUUAAAACAACAAAAAUCAAAAAGAUAUCUCAUUCAAGGCCCAUCCUUUACGACUACAAGCUACUGUACAGACGUCUACAUAACAGCGUAUAAAUGUGACUGGAUCUAAGGCCCACCACGGUAAUUACAAAGCAAGCUCAGGGAAGAAUUACAGACAUUUGUAAUUAAGGACCAUCUAUAAAAGGCAACCAAAGGAAAGGGUGAGGUCUGUGACAAAAAAAAAGUGGGCCUCAAGGACACCAAGACAGAGAACAGGACAUCAAGAAACCAAGAAAAACAGCUGCUACUGGGAGACAACACAUACCAUGGAUCCUCAUGGCGGACACUACCUCAACAAAAAAGCUGUGCUGUCACCUUUAGGUGCAGCCCGAAUUUGCCAGCUGCUACUCGGUUGCACCAUAAUUGCCCUUGUAUCCCACAGUGCGGGCUACAGCGCAGACUAUGGGACCUUUUGCAUGUUUGUGUGGUGCUUCUGCUUCGCCGUCACACUGGUUGUGUUCACCUUGGACAUCACACGCCUCCACGCAUGCAUGCCCAUUUCCUGGGAUAACUUUACUGUGGCGUUUGCCAUGCUGGCAACGCUCAUGUACAUCACCGCCUCCGUGGUCUACCCUGUUUACUUCCUCCAAACAGAGUGCCCUGAUGAGAGCUGUGAAGUCCAAAUCUACCGCAUUGUUGUCACUGUCUGCUCCAGCGUCUGCUGCUUCCCCUACGGUGCUGAGGUGAUUCUGACUCGAGCCAAGCCAGGAGCUGUGGUGGGUUACAUGGCCACUGUGUCCGGUCUACUCAAGGUGGUCCAGGCUUUUGCGGCCUGCAUCAUUUUCGGGGCCCUGGCCCAUGACAGCGAGUACAACCUCUACAUCGCCACCCAGUACUGUGUAGUGGUGUACAGCCUGUGCUUCUCCAUCACCGUUAUAGUGAUCAUACUGACAGUUUCUGGGAGGACCUCUGCCCUGCGGUUCCCCUUUGAUCGGUUCGUGGUUGUCUACACCUUCUUCGCCCUGAUCCUCUACCUCAGUACUGCACUGAUCUGGCCCAUAUUCAGCUUUGACAGGAAGUACGGCACCACUACUCGUCCUGAGGACUGCCCACGUGGAGAAUGUCCCUGGGACAGUAAGCUGGUGGUGGCGGUGUUCACCAACGUCAACGUGAUCCUGUAUUUUGUUGACCUUGUUUACUCCCAGAGGAUUCGCUUUGUCUCCAGCUCUGCUGCCUGAGAAACUUUCCCCCCUCAAGACUGCUUAGCCUCAGAGACAAAUAAAGAAAGUUUGAGGCCUCAUCCAUCAUACUCUCCACAGUCAGGUCUCUGUGAAGGACUCAUUUCCUUGGAUCCAUAGAUUCAUGGUGUCGUAUUUAUGUGUGACAUUUUUUAUUAUCAGUAUUCAUCUAGAAUUGAGCCUGUAGGCAGCAAAACUGACAGUAUUACCCUAUGCUAUAAACUUAGAGGCCUUUUCCCAGUUCUGCGGUGACCUACCAGGGAGAGACUGCCGGGUGCGCCAAUGAGCUGAUCUCAGCAACUUUGUUCACAGAGGACCCUGGGAAGUAUGUCCAUCUCAGCACCCAACACAUCCCUCUGCACCUGGUUCCUUUGGUGUUUGCACACAGGACAGACCUAUGGGAGUGUGGGAUAAUGUUUAGAACAUCAGAGCAGUGUUAUGUCAGUCAGAUGUAUGUAUUAAAAUGUAUGUAAACAUACAGCUCAUAGAGAUGAAUAGCUAAUGUUAGGUCUACAGUUUGCACUGAACAUAGCUUUUGGUUUCAGUUUAACCAUUUUGUUGCAUUUUUUCCACAUUUUGUCCUCAUAUGUGCCAAAAGUUGAAGUUCAUUAGGCUUUUCUGACAUCCAUUGAAUGUUAAAUGUAUCUGAUACAUUCAUUUUUGAAGGCGAAAUUUUGACAAAAGUAUUAAUUUUUCACUUUACUUGGGAUAAGCACAAUCAUGUAGUGUAAUAACUCUCCUUUUGCUAUAUUUCUGAAAUUCUGAUAUGUUCCAUGUUCAA